AUGACUACGUCUGGACUUAUAGAUGGAUUAGUGGAUAUAAAUCAAGAAAAUACUGAAAACAAAUACUCACAAAACAUCGAUUACUAUCAAAAAUACAUUGAUUUGUUAAAAAAAAAUGAAGAUUUAGAAACAGAAAAAGAAGACUAUAAGUUUAAUUUAACCAGAUAUCAAGACAUCCUUGAACCAGCUUACAAUAAAAACAUUAGAAAAUUAAAAGAGGAGAAGGUAGUUAUAUCCCAAGAGAAAGAUUUCUAUUUUGCUAAUUUUACUAAAUAUCAAAAAGAAAUUGAACCAAAAUACAAAGAAGAAAUCUAUACUUUGAAUCAAGAUUUGUCUAGAUAUGAAAAUAUUUUUAAAGAUUUAAAAAUAGAAUAUAACGAUAAAUUAUUUCAAUAUCAAAAAGAAGCCGAGAGACAUUACAGUGCGAUAAUCAGAGAUUUAAAAGCAGAAAAUGAAAAACUUAAUUUAGACAAAAAAAGAAUUAAUAACAACUUGGAUAAAGAUUAUCCCGACGAAAAAAUUAUUGAGCUUGAAACAGAUAUUCGUAGCAAAGUUUUUAUGAUUGAAGCCAUAGAAAAAUCAAAUCAAGAAUUAAGAACUACAAACGACAAAUUAAGAAAAGAAGCUUCGUCAUAUCAAUCAGCUUUAGGUGAUGCAUUAAAUGUCCAUUUGAAUAAUUCAGUUCAACUUUCAACUGAUAUAGCUUCUCUACAGGAUAGACUUGAAAAAUACGUCACAGCUUUAAAAGGUUCUUUUAUAGAAAUUGAUAAUGAUAAAAUUCAAGAAUUGUAUGGAAAAUAUAAUUUAGAUAUACAUCAACAUAAAAAUAAUAAAAUUUUGAUGAAAUCAGUUUUACAACGUCAUAUUUUAGAAAAAAUUCUUGAAUAUAUUGAUAAUUAUCUUGAUAUUACAGAAGAUGAUGAUACAAAUAAUCCCAAUAAUCAGGAAAAAUAUAUAAUGAAUCAUACAAAUGAAUUAAUAUUUCUCCUUGAUAAAUUUUAUAAUAAUCAUUUUGAACAAGAUAAUAAUGUGAUUAAAGCUAUUCCAACAAAGAUACGUCAACAAGUUUAUGGUAUAUUAGGUGAAUUUGGAUUCUCAGAGACUUGUGAAAAUAAUAAAAAACAAUAUAUGCAUCCAUUCAUAUCAUCCACAGCAUUAGAACUUAAUCAAUUAAUGGCAGGAUAUCGUUAUAUCAAAAAUGAUACUAAAAGAAAGAAUGUAGAAAAUAUGGCAGAAAAUCUUAUCAAAGAUGUUUUUAGGAUAUUUAAAUUUCGAUUAUUAGUUCAAGAACCAAAAUGUGAGACACUCUGGUUUGAAAAAGAUGUAAAAAUAAAUCCUCUAUUUAUGAAAGGACAAUGGGAUGAUGAUUGUUUGGAUGAUUAUGUUGUGGAUAUUUGUUAUUUUCCUUUGAUUGGAACGGAAUUGAAUGAUUCGAGUAAAAGUAAAGUUUGCAUUCAUGCAAAAGUUUUCCCUCGAUCUAUAGCACCACCAUCGCCUACAGCAGAAGAUCAUCCGCCUUUGAAUGAUGAACUACAAGAAAAUUCAAGUUUAAUCGGAGGUAAUAUCAAGGGUAUAUUUAAUAAAAUAUUACCCCCACCAUCCUCUUCAACACCAAGUCAAAAUUCAGCUAACAGUGAUCACAACAAGGAUCCAAAUAAGCGUCAAAAUUCGGCUAACAGUGAUCACGACAAGAAUCCAAACAAGCGUCAAAAUUCGGCUAACAGUGAUCGUAACAGGGACUCAAACAAGCGUCAAAAUUCAGCUAGCAAUGAUUGUAACAACGAUCCAGAAAAGCGUCAAAAUUCAACCGACACGAGUGAUGUUGACAAUCAAAUUAUAAAAGGAGGAGUCUGUGGUGGAAAUGAAGAUAGUAAAAUUGAAAAUAGUGAAAAUCAAGAUAUUGACGACCUAGAAAAUGAUGGUGGACAAGGAACUAGUGAAUACGGUGAAUACGGAAAUGAUGAAAACAGUCAAGAAUCUGUGUGGGUUGCUGAAUGGGUUCCUGAAAAAGGAAUAGAUCCUGAAAAGGAUGUUGAUAAAGAUGGUAAAGACACAACCACAAAAGUAAAAAUUAGUAAUAAAAAAACCAAUAGAAAAAAAAAAAAGCCUGCUAUGCAAAGGAUUAGUGAAGAAGAAAAGGAUAUUGUAGAACCACUAUCAAAACCAAUUAAUAAAAAUGACCCAGAACAAUCAGAACGAACCAUCUUUAUUGGAAAUUUACCGGUUUCUGUUAUUCAAAAGGAAAAUUUUAAAAAAUUAAAAUCUCAAUUUUCUAUAUUUGGUAAAAUUGAAAGUAUUCGUUUUCGAUCAAUUGCAUUUUCUGAACCUCUUCCUCGUAAAAUUUCAUUCAUUACAAAAAAAUUACAUCCAAAACGUGAUAUACUCAAUGCAUAUAUUUUAUAUAAAGAGAAAUCUUCUGUUGAAGAUUCUUUAUUGAUGAAUGCCAAAAUUUUUAUGGACAAACAUAUUCGUGUAGACUCUGUAGCAAAUCCACAGGCACAGGAGGAAGAAUUAUGGCAACAUUUUAAAAAUUGUGGUGAUAUUGAUUAUGUUAGGAUUGAUUGUGGAUCUGUUGAACUUGCCUUGAAACUUAAUGAUACAAAACUUGGCAAGCGUAAAAUUCGAGUAACAAGACAUGCGAAGAAAACUAACAACAAUAGUAAUGUCAUAAAAAAUCAUUCAAAUUUUAAAAAAAAUAGUAAUAGGAAUAAUAAUAAAAUGCAAAAAAAAAUAACCAAUAAACGUUUAUUGGAAGGAGAACGAGCAACUAAAGAAUCGAAAAAACCUAGAAUUCGUAAAAGAACUCAAGCUUGGAAAUUGAAACCCAAAAAAUUUUCAAACAAAAAUUAA